GGGGGCCCCGCGUGUAGGUUCCGAGGCUGGUGUAAAUGCCGAGAUGGGGAAAAGAAUAGAGGAAUUGAAAUACCAUAUGUGAGCAGGGGAAGUAGCUACGAGCAAUGGGUUGAAAGUAACCAAGAAGCUAUUCAUCAUGUCUCGACGUCUUCUCCUCAUCAACGGUCCAAACCUCAACCUCCUCGGUACACGAGAACCUCACAUCUACGGUUCAACAACCCUCCAAGACGUGGAAACCCAAGCAAAAGCCCAAGCAAAGGAACUCUCCGCCUCGAUCGAUACCUUCCAGGCCAACUCGGAGGGCGCGAUAGUCGACCGCAUCCACGCGGCGCGCGGCGAGAUAGACGCCAUCAUCAUCAACGCGGGCGCGUACACGCACACGAGCGUCGCCAUCAGAGAUGCCCUGACGGGCGUGGACAUUCCGUUUGUCGAAGUUCACAUUACGAAUGUGCAUACGCGGGAGGCAUUUAGGCAUCAGAGUUUUCUGUGUGAUAAGGCUGAGGCCGUUAUUUGUGGAUUGGGGGUUUUUGGGUAUACGGCUGCUAUUGAGUAUGCGGCUAAGCAUCUCAAGUUGAGGGGAAAGGCGUCGAGGCUGUGA